AUGUCUUUACCCUCCCUACAUGGUGACGCAUACAAAAUCCCAAAACUCAACCCACCCACUUUAAACAACUGUAAUCUCUCUUUAAGCGAUCACGCAAGAUACUUGGGGUUAGUAUUAGAUAAGCGUCUUAAAUGGGGCUUAAACAACCAAGAGAGAACCAAGAAAGCGACCAUUGCACUUUACUCUUGUAAAAAAGCAAUCGGGCUUAGAUGGGGUAUGUCCCCUAAAAUCGUCAAUUGGAUAUACACAGCGGUAGUCAAGCCAAUCCUACUAUAUGGAGUGACUCUGUGGUGGACCGCUCUACACAAACAAUGUAUCCUAACUCCCCUUAACAAAGUAGAGCGCAUGGCGGCUUUGUGUAUUAGUGGAGCCCUUCGAACUACCCCAAACGAAGCGCUGAAUGCGAUCUUGAACCUCCAGAGCCUGGACUUAUCAGGCAUGGAAAGGGCGAAAUCGGCAGCCAUUCGACUAAGGGAUACGGGGCAAUGGAAAUCCCAACUGUAUGGUCACGCUAAGAUUCUUCAGCAUGACAAUUUGAUCCCGCCAAAAACGGAUCUAUGUAAAACCCGUGAAUACAGACACACGCCCUUCGAAGCUCUGAUCCCAGGUAGGGAAGCAUGGGAUCGGGGCCGACCGGGCUCAAUAGACGCAAUCUGUAUAUAUACAGACGGCUCCAAACUCGACGGACACGUUGGUGGAGGCAUAUACUCCGAGCAAUUAGAGAUCAGGCAGUCAUUCAGACUUCCUGACCACUGCAGUGUCUUCCAAGCGGAAGUGUAUGCUAUAAUGGAAGCACUCGUCUGUUUAAGGGGCUUAAACACCCAGAACAGGCACAUAAACAUAUAUAGUGAUAGCCAAGCGGCUAUUAAAUCAAUAUACUCGACGAAUACAAACUCCCGAACAAUAGCCGACUGUCGCAAUUCUCUUCACGAGAUGGCUAGUCAGUUUACUGUCAGCCUUAUAUGGGUUCCGGGUCACCGGGAUAUCGUAGGCAACUGUAUAGCAGACGAGCUAGCCAGGCAAGGCACCACCAUACCUCUCCUUCCAGGAAAGGAGAGUGUUGGCAUGCCUUUGGCUACCUGUAAGCUAAUUAUUAAAAACCAUUUCUGCAAAUUAGCCAACACCAAUUGGCAAAACACACCGCAGUGCCGAAUCUCUCACCAGACAUGGCCUGCAAUAAACAAUAAGAAAACAUCAGAACUACUGAAUUUCAGCCGCACAGAGUGUGGCAUGCUAAUUCGAGUACUGACAGGCCACUGGCUCGUUGGCGCACACGCCGGCAGGCUAAAAGCCCCUAAAAAUGACUUCUGUAGAAGCUGCAGGGAUGAGGAAGAAGAGGAAACGGUGGAACACCUACUCUGUUCAUGCCCAGCCCUAUGCAGGCUUAGACUGAAACACUUAGGAUAUCCUUUCAUAAAUGACCUGACCGAAAUUUCGCAGAUUAAUCUGAAGAGUCUAAGCUCUUUUAUUAAAUCCUCCGGAUGGGGGACUUGCUGAUCGACCAACCUACAGGCUGACCCUUAACGGAUAGGGGACCCAAAAAUAGAGAUCAUACGGU